AUGACCACCAAAGAAGUCCGACUACCAGACGAGGGAGGCCCCCUACGGGGCCUCAACUCCGCCCGCUCGACUUUGCGACUGGAGCAGAUUGCCAGGCUUCGUGCACGCGGCAUCGGAGAUCACAUCGGGUUACCGCAGUUAGUGGUUUGUGGGGAUCAGUCCGCUGGAAAAAGCUCUGUGCUGGAAGGCGUGACAAGCAUCCCCUUUCCGAGGCAAGACGGUUUAUGCACCAGGUUCCCUACUGAGAUUCUACUUGAGCACUCGUCUGGGGAUGAAACCAUCAAUGCGUCCAUUAUACCAUCGCCAAAUCGAACAGAUGACGAGAGACGAAGACUUGCCAGCUUCCACCGCCGCCUCCCAUCCUUCGAAGAUCUGCCCAUGGUGAUCGAGGAAGUCAGUCGGCUGAUGGGAAUCAGAGGAGCGCAUAGCAAAGUCGGACCAGCAUUUGGGUCCGACGUGCUUCGCAUUGAGGUCCGAGGACCCGUCGGCUUGCAUCUCAGUAUUGUCGAUCUUCCAGGCUUGAUCUCCGUCCCGAAUGAGGAGCAGACCGAUGAUGACGUGCAGACCGUCCACAGACUUGUGGAUGACUACAUAUCCGACCCUCGGACCAUUAUCCUAGCAGUGGUGCAGGCUGGAAAUGAUAUCGCCAAUCAAAGUAUUAUCAAGAAAUCCAGUCAGUUUGACAAGGACGGAGAAAGGACUGUGGGCAUCAUCACAAAACCAGAUCUGAUCAACCAAGGAUCGGAGAGGCGUAUUGCGCUGUUGGCACUGAAUAAAGACAGCACGAAGCUCAAGCUAGGAUUUUUCUUGGUGAAAAACCCGGCCCCAAAUGAGCUGACGAAAGGUAUCACACCUGAGCAGAGGCAAAAGGCCGAGAUCCAGUACUUUCACUCCCCUCCAUGGAAAGAGCAGUCACUCGAUCCUGAACGACUCGGUAUUGUUGCAUUACGAAAAUAUCUUCAGCAGCUUCUGGAUCGCCACAUCGAGAAAGAAUUACCCAAAGUGCGAAACGAUGUGCGCAAAUUACUGGACAAAACCGAAUCUAAUCUCGCAACUAUGGGCGAGGAGCGCGACAGUCCUUCCAAGAUGCGAAUGUUACUGACCCGAUUAGCUAUGGCAUUCCACCAGCUGGUUACGUCGACAUUGAAUGGGACUUAUGACGAUAUCGACGUGACCUUCUUCGCCCCAGACAACGAACGCAUGUCCCGCCGUCUACGGGCUACUGUUCAGAACCUGAACACGGAGUUUGCGGAUGCGAUGAGGGAGCGUGGGGCGAAACGGCGAAUCACCACCGCUUCAGAGGAUUCGCCACAUGACUCUGAAUCAAACGAGAGUCACAAUGGUCAGAUGCUGGUGACUGAGACGGAGAUGAAAAGCUGGAUUCGCCAGGUGUACCAAAUCAGUCGUGGCAAAGAACUUCCUGGGACGUACAAUUACGUUCUUCUUGCAGAGUUGUUUCACGAGCAAUCUUCCCAAUGGAUAAAUAUCGCCCAAGACCAUCUGCACAACAUUGGGAAUAUCGUCCGCGAUUUUGUGGAGGCCGUGAUCUACCACACCAGCCCUGAUACCAACGUCUCGGGCGAGAUCAUGGAAUUGGUCAGAACAAAUCUACAGGAAAAUAUGAACGGCGCCACAAAAGAGCUCCGCAAAUUGUGGCAGGAUGAACAGCAUCACCCAGUCACGUACAAUCAUUAUUUCACCGACAACAUCCAGAAAGCUCGGGAACAGGGUACUAGGGACGUUGUCAAACGAGCCGUGGUCGAGACCAGAGAUCAAGAUUGGCAUGGAAGGAUGCACAUCAGCAACGUCCAGAUGGACUUGGAUCGGUUCUUAGCUGCUUUGCAGGACCGGGUUCAGGUAAAUAUGACCGAGCAGGCAUGUGCUGAGGCCCUGUCAGGACUUCAAGCUUACUACAAGGUGGCCAUGAAAACGUUCGUCGACAACGUUUGUAGGCAAGUCGUGGAGCGCCACAUCACUCGCCCCUUACCAUCCAUUUUUUCUGCCGAGAAAGUAGCCGCACUUUCGGAUGAAGAAUUGGUCAGGAUUGCUGGUGAGACGUCUGAGAGGGUAGCGAAGAGAAAGCAACUGCAAGAACUGCGGCAAAACUUGGAGUCAAGUCUUGGAGAUCUACGCCGCAAUACUACGACCCCACAAGCUUGGUCGCGAUAG